CGUCACGUCCGCCGCGACGUUACUUCCGUAUUUCUCUUUCAGAGGAACGAGUCGGGAAGAGAAGGCCGCGGCCAUGUCCCUCGUCAUCCCCGAGAAGUUCCAGCACAUCCUGCGCGUCCUCAACACCAACAUCGACGGGCGCCGCAAAAUCGCUUUCGCCAUUACCGCCAUCAAGGGCGUGGGACGUCGCUACGCCCACGUCGUGCUGCGCAAAGCUGACAUCGACCUCACCAAGCGAGCGGGCGAGCUGACCGAGGAUGAGGUGGAGCGCGUCAUCACCAUCAUGCAGAACCCCCGCCAGUACAAAAUCCCCGACUGGUUCCUCAACCGGCAGAAGGACGUGAAGGACGGGAAGUACAGCCAGGUGUUGGCCAACGGCUUGGACAAUAAACUGCGGGAGGAUUUGGAGCGGUUGAAGAAAAUCCGGGCGCAUCGGGGGCUGCGGCAUUUCUGGGGGCUGCGCGUGCGAGGGCAGCACACGAAGACCACCGGCCGUCGGGGCCGCACCGUCGGUGUGUCCAAGAAGAAGUGAGAGGGGAAUAAUAAAAGUGACGUUGGUGGUGACA